CAGUGGCUAUACAGCUAUAAUACAUGUGAUAUAGGCACUAUGGCAAAUCAGAUAAAGGAUAGGCUUUUGCUCACUGCCAUCUUUGACAGAGAUCCCUAUAAUAAUGAUGUGCUCUCAUUCUUGCCUGGUCAAUGUCUUUUCCAUUGCACAUGUUCUGGUAAAUCAUAUAUAGGCCUGAUACACUUUGAUAAGAUAUAUGUGGGAAGAUUGGCACCAAAGAUUGAUAUGUUUGAGGCAAAGGUAUAUGAUCCCUUAAUUGGCAUAGUAUCUCAGUUAGUGCAAAUGGGGCCAUUCAACUAUGGCUACUAUUGGCUCAACUCUAUAGACAAUUAUGAUAUCUCAAAUAGCACUGUCACUGAAUUAGACUUAUACAUUAGUGAUGCUUAUUAG